AUGGCUUCCCGUCUUCUCCUCCUCCUCGCCACCUUGGCCCUUCUCUUCGUCGCAGCCGCAGGGCAGGAGGGCAACAAUAUCUCGAAGCCGUUUAAUCUGUCCUGCUCGACGUCGGACAACUACACCGACGGCAGCCAGUACAAGAAGAACCUGGACCAGUUCCUGGCCGCGCUCCCCACGGCGGCCGGCGACAACGGCUGGUUCUACAAAGGCAGCGCCGGGUCGGGGCCCGACGCGGUGUUCGGCCUCAUCAUGUGCUUCGCGGACCACGACGCGUCCGAUUGCCUCUACUGUAUCUCCACGGCGUCAUCCGGGAUCACGACGGCGUGCCCGGGCAGCCGGAACGUGAGCGCGGCGUACGACGCGUGCGUCCUCCGGUACUCGGCCGCGCCGAUCCCCGCCACCGCGGACCUCGGCUACGUAUUCGCCGAGCCGCUGACCACCAUCGGCAUGCCUUUGACCUCAGAAGCUGUGCUGGACGCCUGGGUGCCGCUGAUGAUCGCCCUCUCAAGCGGCAUCGCCUUUGAUUCGUCGCGGAGUUUCAGACGCAGCGUGGCGUACUCGAGCACGGGCUCGCAGGAGAUGGAGAUGUACGGGCUGGCACAGUGCACCAGGGACCUCAACGGCAGCGAGUGCUCGACCUGCAUCAGGAUCUACGCCGUCAGGCUGGGGAAGCUGUUUCCCAGUCACACGGGAUGCUCCAUCAAGGGCUACAGCUGCUACCUGAGCUACCAGUGGGUGUGGGAGUACCACAGCAGAGGAGCCAUCCUCGACGCCGCCGACGCACGGUUCAAGGGUGAGUUGGAUGCCCGGGAGAUGGAGACCGUGAUGGUCGUCGGCCUCUGGUGCGCGCACCCUGACCGGAGCCUCCGACCGUCCAUCCGGCAGGCCGUCAGCGUGCUGCGGUCUGAGAUGCCACUGCCCAAUCUGCAGGCGAGGAUGCCGGUGGCAACCUAUGAGCCACCACCUGAUGCCUUCUACUAUACAUCUACCACUGUCACUGGCGUUAACAGCAGCACCACUCAAUCCAGCAUGACAAUCACAACUGUCCUGCCCAAAUGA